GGCGACAGAGUUGCUGGCCGAGUUCAGCUCUGCGUCAGAACAGUAGUGCGAUCUUCUCUGUUUAUUUGGACUUUGGACAGUUGGGAACGCCUAGCGAGACAUGCCGAGCGUUGAGUAUCUGCCAAACAUGCGUCUCCUUUGUGCACACCGCACGGCGAGCACGACGCGAAACGAGUCAGCUGGCGACCUGAGUCAACACAAAUCGUUCGAUUGAACGCCCGGACGGACGGCGUUCGGACAGGGCGGAAGUGCGUAGUUGGGACGCACGGUCGGACGACGACCCCGCUCGGUUGCCACACCAAUUUGCGUCUCUUUUCCCGACACCCCACUGCGAAUUCACUCCGGCCACAAACGGCCUAUUCAAAGACACAACUUCAAUUCACAAGACUUUCCUCAAACAACAGAGCCAGCAAUUUCCAAUCUUGCGUGGGAAUAAUUAUUUGAGCGAUGAUCGCGGCCAAGAAGCAGAGCAACAGCGAGCUGCUAACAUUGGCGCUGCUGCUGAGUCUGCUGCGGCCGGAGGCGGUGCCGCCCCCCUGGCCGCCCCCACUCGCCCGCUCGGGCGUGCAGCUGGGCCUCGGGGGCCUGGCGCGGGCCCUGUGGGGCCUCCCCACCGGCCCCGCGCCCCGCUCCACCCUCAAGAACCUGCUGCUGAACGACGAGGACGUCCACAACCGCUACCACUCGCUCCUCUCCGAACUCGCCACCCUCGCCAGACCACCCAGCCGGAUGAUCGAGGACGAGUUUGAGUGGCCACAGGCGUCGGUGGCCACUUACCUGCUGACAGAGUUGUCGCCGGGGGAGGGGGGCGGAGAGGCCCCCGCCGAGGCCCCGCCCCCGGCUCAGCCGCCACCGCCGCCGCAGCCUCCAGAGGAUCUCCUGCUGCAAAACACAACCGCCGCGCACGACCUCUCCGACGAGGACAUGAACCUGAUCGAGGUGCUGUGGAAGCAGGACGUGGACCUGGGGGUGCCGCCCCUCGGGGGCGGCGACGAGACGCCCCCGGAAGCCGUCAAGCCGCCCCCGGACGUCAAGGUGGAGGCCGACGACCCCGACGAGGGGCCUCUCACCGCCCUCGACCCCUGGGCUGGCCUCCCUUACACCAUCGACUUAGAAACAGGUGAGUAUGAAUUGUGCAAGAGCGAGGAAGAAAGUGGCGUCGGCGGCGCCGAGGGCGUCGACUUGCUGAGUGGCGGCGCCGACGACGUCGAGUUUGACCUGCCGACCGCCCUCGACGCCUUCUCGCUCGAGGACGCGCUCAAAAUCGCCUCGCUCGACGACUCGCAGCACGACCCAGUCAAGGAGGAGGAGGAAGAGGAGUUGGGUGCGAUGAGCGGCGGGGGCCACCCUGCGGCGGGGCAGCACCCCCUGCAUCCCCACCACCACCACCUGUACGCGCCCAAGCCGCACCACCUCUCCGCCGAGGGCCGAAUGCCGAUGGUGGUUCGCGGCGGGGGCGGGUGGGCCGACGUGGGCGGGGGCGGCUUCGAGGGCGUGGGCGACGCCCUGGGGCCGCCGCCCCCGCACCACCACCACCACCACCAGUUCACCUCCACGUACCUGCCCGACCCCAGGUCGGUGCUGCUGCACAACGCAACCCUCGCGCCGCCCCCACCCCUGCCAGAGUUCAACGCCUCCGCACCUCUCUUUGGAGGCAAUGCCAGUUUCUGCGGCGUGCGUGGCGGAGGCGGUUGUGGGGGUGUGGCGGGGGCGGGUUCGCACCUAGGGUCGGCCGUGGCCGCCUCCAUGAAUCUGAGCGCCCCCGAGGGUCUCCCGCCCCCCUCCGAGCCCCCCUUCAAGCUCGACAACGACGCCAUGUAUUACCAGAACGCCUCUGGCGGUGAGUCGCUCAACCACACCUCCUCCGAGGGCUUUUUCAACUCGAUCCUCAACGACGAGGAGCUGCAACUUGUCGACAUGGCCAUGAAUGAGGGCAUGUACACAAUGCGGCUGCUGGACAACUCAACAGGCGUGGGCGCCGCUGCAGCGCCGGCUGGCGACGCCGACGGCUCGAGCGACAGCGCCGUCAGCUCGAUGGGCUCGGAACGCGCGUGGGGAACCGAACCCAGCACCUCCAGCUCAUACCUUGACUACUGCUCAAGCGGCCAGAACGGCUGCAAGUACCGUCCGUACGACUACAGCGGGAGUGCGUACGCAGGAGGCGGACCGCGGGGGUCUGGAGGCGGAGGGGGCGGCGGCGGGGGCGGCAACGGGGCGCAGAAGAAGCACCACAUGUUCGCAAAGCGCUACUUCAACGAGACCAACGAGCCUAAGUGCGUCGACUUCCGCGAGGGUCCCUCGGGGGCCCCCGUGGGGGCCGCAGGAACCCCGGCGGGGCCGCUGGCCGAGCACGUGGCGCACAACCACACGUACGGGCUGCCCGGAGGCCUGCCGGAACCGCACCCGCGCCGCCCCACGCGCGACAAGAACAAGCACUCAAAUUUGACUGAUCGGAGCGAAAUUUGCGCAGAGGAUGAGCACCUGACGCGCGACGAAAAGAGGGCGCGCGCCAUGCAGGUGCCCAUCAGCGUCGAGGAAAUCAUCAACCUGCCCAUGGACGAGUUCAACGAACGCCUCUCCAAGUUUGACCUCACCGAGGCGCAGCUCUCCCUCAUCAGGGACAUCCGCCGCCGCGGCAAGAACAAGGUGGCGGCGCAAAACUGCCGGAAGCGGAAACUGGACCAAAUCAUGAGUCUGGCCGACGAGGUGAAGAUCAUGCGGCACCGGAAACACCGACUGCUCAGGGACAAAGAGUGCAUGUUGUCCGAGCGGCAGCGGCUCAAGGACAAGUUCGCGCAGCUCUACCGCCACGUCUUCCAGGCGCUGCGGGACGCGGAGGGUCGUCCGUACUCGCCGUACGAGUUCAGCCUGCAGCAGGCGGCCGACGGGUCGGUGCUGUUGGUGCCGCGCAAGGACGACAAGCAGGACCUCAGCAGGCGGCCCUAGCCAGCCACGCCCCCCACAAGAGGAGGGCGAGGGGGGCGGGCCCGUGGACAGGGGGCGCCGAGUUGCACGCGUCCACGUCCGAGCAGCUCUGCAGACAGCCGCGGAUGUACCUGCGGGGGCAAAAGGUCACUGAGGUCACGACCGAGGUCAUCGCGCAGACACUGACCUGUCGUCGAGGUAGAAGCCGCCGCAGUGGGACAUGCGGAUGAUCUCAGUGUCCGUGGUGAGGGUGCCGCUGUCCAGGGCGCACCCCCGCACCGUCACCUGCACCCCGUUGUCGUCUGCAGCCGAAAACAAACAACAAAACUUUAUUUAUUUCUGAGAGAGACACACACAAAUGUGCGGAACAGAUUUGGUGCGCGAGAGUGAUUUUUCUUUUCAUUUCCGUUCGUUCGUUCACUUUUGUUUAACCGUGUUGUUUUAAUUAAACCAUUAUUGUUUCCCUUCUGCUGCCUUUCUACUAUUUAUGUUGCAAUAAACGAAAGCAGAACUGACUUUUGCAGAAAA